UGAAGUCCCAUUUUCUAGUAUAAGAUGAAGGGUAUGUACAAGUUGAACAUCGCGAUAGUGAUCUCGCUCCAAAUUUUGGUACAAGUUCUCGCUCAAAAUAAACAAGCAGCUCUGGUCUUCAACAGAUUCACCAGCUCGCUGUACGAUAUACCAUCGAGUAUGCCAAAAGUGGACGUGAAAGUUUGCCAUUCUUGGGCUAACGCUUGCCCAGCAGAAAAAAAAGCGGAGAAAAAAUUUGUGAAAACUCAGACGAUCACUGAAAACGCUCUGAUUGUAAAACAAAUAUGCGAGAAAAAGCAAACGCAGGAUUCUGCUCCACUCAAGAGGAAUAUUUGCAAAUACGGGCAUAAAAUUGUGGCGCUUUUCCGCAAGAAUAAUUGGUCUUUCGAGUUCGGCUAUGAGAUUUACUUCAGGAUGAGGAACAAAGAAUACUUUCACACAUUUUAUGAUCGUACGCAGUACAUCAAACCUGAAGAUCUAUUUAAAUCAUUGCAUGCAAAAAUGACUUGGGAGAGCUUCCUUCACGCGAUCAAAGAAGUAAAUCGCUCGCUUUUCGUCAAAGACAAAAUCGUUUGGUUUAACGACGAUCAUAAAAUGUAUUUUAUGUGGAUUCGGUUAUUCAAAAUUAAAUUCGAUUUCUUUCAUUGGACACCGGAGAAAAUCACUUAUGAGAUUCGUGACAAUAAUAAAUGGCCUGUUUCUUGGUCUUGUGAGAAGUACAGUUUGGCUGAAGAGGCCUACAAAGGUGUUGGUCUGGAUGAAUUAUACGCCGAAGCUAAUCAAGAAAACAUAUUCUCUAAUUUACUGCUACUCGAAAAAUCAUCUGAAGCAGCUUGCGGAGGUAAAAAUGGUAAAGAAUGCUUGAGUAAAUGGCUGUUAAUACCAAUUGACCAGUUUCACUUUGGUAGUUAUCGAGAUUCGAUUUGCUCAAAUAUGGCUACUGUUCCUUUAUGGUCCAGUACGUUGGAACUGGUGAUGAAAAAAUUAGAUAAAUUUUUGUAUGCUUUGUUUCGAGAGCUUGGAACCGGAUUGUAUAUCACAUCGGGCAUUCACGGUACAUUGCACUUACCGAAAAUUAAAAGCGGACUCUUCAAAGAUAAGACAGCAGCUGUGUAUUUAGAUUUCCAAAACUCUAAAAUUCCAGCACCCGACAUAAUUUUUAAAAUCGUCAAAUACAAAUUACCCAAGUGCUCGGAUAAAAGUGGAUGUUGGCUUUCGGCCACGGUUAUCCUACACAACGAUCCACAUUUCGAACCAACUAGCGACAAAAAAGUCUGCAAACAAGACGUGACCUCAGACUGGGGCUGGGAUGAGGUGACUAAAUUCACGAAGCCUGCGUUAUUGAAUUCUGCGUUAUUGAAUUCUGAGUUCAAAUCCAAGUACAUCUAUGUUUGUCAAACCAAUUCUGUCGUAUUGGAUCGCAUAGGUCAAGGGAAAAGUUGGUGGAGAUGGGGAAAGCAAAAAGUAUCAGAUUUCAAUCUGAAGGAAUUUCCCAAGUUUGAUAAUAAAAAGAAAUUCUAUCAAGUAGUUCCGAUCGAACAAGAUGUGAUUGACAGGAUAUUAACUUUGACCAGUAUUGAAAAUGAAGUUAGGCAGAGAUUGUCUCUACAAGGAUUGGAAGAGGGUGGCGAGAAUGGCAGUGGUGAUGGAAAAGUAAAUGAGAUACGCCAAUUAACCGAGCUAAUCGAUCCGCCUCCAAAAGAUACUAUCAUUGAACGACCUCAAGCUAGACCUGUUCGUGAGAUUGUUGAUGAAGGAAAUACCGAUGACGAGGAUGGAGAAAUAUCAAGCACUAAGGCCCAUCCGUCAUCCCCAGCUGACUCCGAUGAUGAUUCACCAUUUAGCACACCAUUAAAUGGGCAGUCCUAUCGGGGAUCUUAUUCUGAUGAUGAUGAGUUUUUCCAAGGAGAUGGGCAACAGCCUGCAGCCUCUUCGAAGGCUAGCGAUUCGCCUGGAAGACAUCGCUCUCCCAAUAGAGGUGAAAAAUCAACGACCAGAUAACUUUUCUCUGGAAUCGAAAAAUAAAGUACCUAUUUCUGAUUUUUAAUGGGUAAUUGUGACGAUAUUUUCGGGUAUUUGUAUAGUUUUAACAGGUUUUAAUGAUGUUUAAUGCCAUUUUUAUCCAGUUUUGGUGAAUUUCAUCAAAUUCCAUCGGUUAUGACUAAUUUACAAUGAUUUUAAUGCAUUUGAAACCGUUUUCAGUUCACUUCAUAUAAUAUGUUUUAAUGGGGUAUUUUAUAUGAUUUUUAUUGAUUUUAAUACCUACUUUUAUGACGUGUUAUGCAA